AUGUAUGACACUAAUUUCAGGUCAAUUGAAAUUGAUGAUAGAGAUAUUAAAACACUUCCACUCCACAAAUUAAGAAAACCUAUUGGGAUGGUCGGACAGAAACCUGUGUUAUUUAGUGAAUCGAUAUUGGACAAUAUUAUACGAGGAAGUUUUGACGAAGUAUCUAUGGAAAAGAUCAUUGAAAUAAGCAAAAUGGCUAAUGCACACGACUUUAUUGGUGCACUUCCUGAAGGAGAUAACACGCUUGUUGGUGAUAGAGGAAGUCGGAUGUCUGGUGGACAGAAACGGCGAAUUGCAAUUGAAAGAGCUCUAAUUCAAAUUCCAAAAAUAUUGUUGUAG